AUGAUUUGGGGUCAUUCGUUGCUGCCAGAGUUGUUCUUGUUCAAGGUAUUGUUGAUCCACUUAUCACCGAAACUUGGGGGUUCUGCUCUAAAGAAUGAUGGAGUUGACAACUCUUACCUUGGUAUCCUAAUUGAAGAGUGCCGCCUUCUUGCUAGAGAAUUACUGAAUCUCAAGUUCAGCUGGUUUAGGAGAUCGUCUAACCAAGUAGCUCACAUACUAGCUAAUGCCGCUAGUUCAUUACAUGGCCUCACCCCACCCCCCAAAUGGUGGUGUAUGCAGGCAGGUGUUGAAUCGAGAAACUAUUUCUCCACAACCCCUUCUGGAUUUGGAUUUGAAAUUGGAUUCAUGUCUGCUUCAAUUGAUAAUGAAGUCAAUCAAUUGAAAAGUUCCAAUCUUUCCAAAUCAAGAUUGGCAAAUCUCCUCCGACAGUAUUCAUUCGAUGUAUCUAAUGCUGCUAUGCGUUAUCUUAAGCUCAAAGACCGUUGCAAAACCACUCAAGUCUACGCCUUUACGCCUUCCUCCACCCCUACCUCCGCCGCCGUGGCCAUCGCUACCGCCACUACUAACAAGCCCCACCACCUAGAACAACUGCCCACAUUAAAUUCUAUCCUGCGUGAAUCGGUUGAUACCGUCUCGGUGUCCACGCCUAAGACUCUUCUCCCAUAUGGGCUCCCAAGAACUGAUUCUCUCGAACCUCGGAUUGACCCUUAUCUCAAAUCCGAAGACUUUGUUCAGUCCUUGGCCGAACUGUACAGGAGGGAGAACAGUGGUCCGGAUUCGGACAAGUCCCUUGUGCAUUUAGAGCAGUAUUCUAUGUCGUGUAGGCAUGGCGAUCCGAAAAUUACCCGGAGAUGCCUUCAAUCUGCUCGCAAACACGCCGUAGACGUGCACUCAAAGGUUGUUUUAUCGGCUUGGUUGAGGUACGAGAGAAGAGAAGAUGAACUCGUGGGAACUUCGCCUUUAGAUUGUAUUGGAAGAAAUCUUGAAUGCCCCAAGUCGGCUUUGAUACAUGGUUAUGAUCCAGCUUCUGUUUUUGAUCACUGUCAAUGUUCCAGGGCGAUUGAUUCUAAUAAUGAAAAUUCAGAUAUUAACUAUAUCUUGGAUGGAAAUGAUCAAUUUUCCAGUUCAGAUUCGGAUGAAAUUGUUUGCUUUUGCAUUGGCAAGGAGGAAGUUUACUGCAAUCGAGGUAGAGUUGCCUCUCUUUCCAGACCAUUAAAAGCAAUGUUAUAUGGAAAUUUUGUGGAGUCUAUGAAGAAUUCUAUAGAUUUUUCGGGAAUUGGUAUAUCUGUGGAGGGAAUGAGAGCAGUGAGAUUGUUUAGCGAAUCUAAUAAAUUAGAUUGUUGUUUGCCUAAUGUUGUCAUGGAGAUUCUGUCUUUUGCUAAUCGGUUUUGUUGUGAGGAAAUGAAAUCUGCUUGUGAUAACUAUUUAGCUUCAUUGGUUUCGAACAUUGAUGAAGCAUUGAUUCUUAUUGAUUAUGCUCUGGAGGAGAAAGCGACUCUUCUCACAGCCUCUUGCUUGCAAGUGAUGCUUAGAGAGCUUCCAGGGUGUUUACAUAAUUCAAAAGUUAUGAAUAUAUUCUGUAGUUCUGAGGCUCGAGCAAGAUUAGCUAUGGUUGGUCAUUCUUCUUUCCUAUUGUUCUAUUUCCUUAGUCAGGUUGCUAUGGAAGAAGAUAUGACGUCUAACGUGACUGUAAACUUGUUUGAGAGAUUAAUAGAAUGUUCAACUGAAAGGUGGCAGAAGGCACUAGCAUUUCAUCAAUUGGGUUGUGUGUUUCUUGAAAGAAAGGAGUAUAAUGAAGCUCACCAUUGCUAUGAAGCAGCGGCUGAGAUAGGUCAUGUUUAUUCAUUAGCUGGAGUAGCACGCACAAAGUACAGGCAAGGGCAGAGGUGUUUGGCAUAUGAUAUUAUUAAUUCAAUUAUACCAAAGCAAAACAUUCCAAUGGGGUGGAUGUAUCAAGAACGGUCAUUGUAUAACUCGGGUAUGGAGAAGAUAUUGGAUCUAAAUGAAGCUACUAGAUUGGAUCCCACUCUUUCCUUUCCGUACAAAUAUAGAGCUGUUUCUAUGGUAGAGGAGAAGAACCAGACUGAGGCAGCUAUCAAAGAGUUGAACAGAAUACUUCGCUUUAAGGUGUCCUCAGACGGUCUUGAACUUCGAGCUUGGUUCCAUAUUUCUCUUGAGGAUUAUCAUGCUGCUAUAAGAGACAUUCAAGCCUUAUUAACAUUGGAGCCCAAUUACAUGAUGUUUAAUGGGAAAGUGAUAGGUAGCCACUUGGUUGAACUUCUUGGCCAACAUGUUAACCAGUGGAGUCCAGCUGAUUGCUGGAUGCAACUCUAUGACCGAUGGUCUUCUGUUGAUGAUGUCGGCUCCCUGGCUGUUGUACAUCAGAUGCUUAUAAAUAAUCCUGAAAAGAGCAUUUUGUGGUUCCGACAAUCUCUACUUCUAUUACGGCUGAAUUGUCAAAAAGCUGCCAUGCGUAGCUUGCGUUUUGCCCGAAAUCAUUCUAGCUCCUAUUGCGAAAGGCUUGUUUAUGAAGGAUGGAUUUUAUAUGAUUCUGACUACCGUGAAGAAGCAAUUGCCAAAGCUGAGGAAUCAAUUUCACUUCAAAGGUCUUUUGAAGCUUUUUUCCUUAAAGCAUAUGCACUGGCGGAUACAUAUCUGGAUCCUGAAUCUGCAUCUUAUGUUAUCGAACUCCUGGAGGAGGCACUUAGAUGUCCUUCAGACGGUCUUCGUAAAGGACAAGCUCUAAAUAAUCUAGGAAGUAUUUUUGUGGAUUGUGGAAAGCUCGAUUUUGCAGCAGACUGCUAUAUGAGUGCCCUGAAAAUAAAGCAUACACGAGCUCAUCAGGGGCUUGCACGUGUUUAUCAUCUCAAAAAUGAUAAGAAAGCUGCUUAUGACGAGAUGACAAAGCUAAUUGAGAAGGCAGAAAACAAGGCAUCAGCUUAUGAAAAACGCUCAGAGUAUUGCGAUCGAGAACUGGCAAAUAAUGAUCUCAGUAUGGCAACACAGUUGGAUCCAUUAAGGACUUAUCCUUACAGAUACAGAGCAGCAGUGCUUAUGGAUGACCAAAAAGAAAAUGAAGCAGUAGAAGAGCUGACAAGGGCAAUUGCUUUCAAGCCUGAUGUGCAAAUGCUUAAUCUUCGAGCAGCAUUCCAUGAAUCAAUGGGUGACUUAAGCUCUGCUCUCAGAGAUUGUGAGGCAGCACUGUGCUUGGAUCCUGAGCACAAGGACACCCUCAAUUUGGUAAUUAAUUCUAAUAAUGAGAAUUCAGAUAUGGUUGAAAAUGUUUGCUUUUGCAUUGGCAAGGAGGAGGAGAUUUUGUCUUUUGCUAAUCGGUUUUGUUGUGAGGAAAAGAAAUCUUCUUGUGAUAACUAUUUAGCUUCAAUGGUUUCCAGUGUCAAUGAAGCAUUGAUUCUUAUGCUCUGGAGCAAAGAGCGAAUCUUCUCACAGCCUCUUGCUUGCAAGUUGCAACUGAUGCUUAGAGAGCUUCCAGGGUGUUUGCAUAAUUGA